AUGGAUCCAAAAUGUUCUACAGGAGCACUAGAUCUAAAUGAACCAGCAAUUGAAGUUGACAGGGUAAUCGAAGAUGUCAGUUUGUUCAAUGAUUUGCAAAUAGAAGUAACAGGCAGCAUACAAAGGACCUUGAGCAAUCCAGAUGUGACCAAAAGCUCAGAACAUAGCAAGCAUGUGAGUGGAAGCAACACUGGUGCUUCUGUUGACACAAACCCGGAAACUGGUGAAACACUGUCAACUGAUGAUUCCGGCGGUGAUGAAGAUAAGGGUGAAGUCCAGUCAACGCCAUGCAGCCAAACUGAAGUCGAAACCCCUUUCAAAGGGAAGAUCUAUGAUUCAUGGGAGGAUGCGAAGAUGCAGUACAACCGAUAUGCUAAGAAGAUUGGUUUUUCCAUCAAAUGCAGUACAUCCAAGGUUUCGAAAAUUGAUGAUCAAAGAGACAAACAGCUAUUUGUUUGCAACAAGAGUGGAAAAAAUGAAGACAUCAAUAAGUUGGAAGCACCACCUGUUAGGCAAAGGAACAGAAGCAUCACCAAGAAAACUGAAUGCAAAGCAAGAUUGAGAAUUAAAAGGAGAGGAACAAAGUGGUAUGUCACAUACUUCAUCGAAGAACACAAUCACAGUUUGGUGAAGAAGUUUUCCUUGAAAAUGUAUUUGAGAUCUCAUAAAGGUAUACCUAAGGAAGAGAAGGAUUUUGUUCAGCUAUUGCAUAAGGUGAAUCUAUCUGCUGGCAGGGUAAUGAGGAUUAUGGGAGAGGUCUAUGGCGGUCUCGCAAAUGUACCCUAUGACAGUAAGGAUGUGAGCAAUUUCAUGGCUAAAAUUGAUGAAGAACACACGCACAAAGAUAUGUCCCUGUUGCUAGCUCACUUUGCAAGGAUAAAAAAAGAAGACCCAGAUUUCUAUUUCAACAUACAUACAGAUCAUGCGGACAAAGUGGACCGCAUAUUCUGGGUAGAUGGGCCAGCGAUUGCUGCUUACAAGAAUUACAGUGAUUGCCUCUCAUUCGACAGCACCUACAUGACCAACAUGUACAAUAUGCCUUUCGCACCAUUCAUUGGAAUCAAUAGGUAUUGUCAAACAAUCCAGCUGGGAUGUGGGUUCCUAAAGAAUGAGAACAUCGAGAGUUUUGUCUGGUUGUUUCAGGAGUUUCUUGAGGCUAUGGGUGGUCUGCAGCCAGAUAACUUCAUAACUGAUCAAGAUGCUGCAAUGAGAAGUGCAGUUCUCGUCUCAUUUCCAAAUUGGUGCCACAGAAAUUGUAGGUGGCACAUUAUGCAAAAUGCGCAGGCCGUUUUGGGCAACUUCUUGUCAAAACAUGAGGAGUUAAGGACAGAGUUGAACGAGAUAAUUGAUUACAACAUGUCGGUUGAAGAGUUCGAAACUAGGUGGGCACAAAUGAUUACCAAACACAAUGUAGUGGACAACCCCCAUAUCUAUGAUCUAUAUCAUAUUAGAGCCACUUUUGUGCCAGCCUACUUCAAAGAAAGGUUCUUUCCGUUCCUACAGACUACUGCUCGUAGUGAGGGGUUCAACGCAGUUUUGAAAACUUACAUGGACCCGCACAACAAUUUGCAUCAUUUCUUCCUUCAGUACAUGAAGUUGCAAGAAAAGAUUGAUGUAGCGGAGGAUGCAGUUGAAUUCAAGGAUGAAGACAAGACUCUUAGGGCGUGGGGAGAUUUUCCAGUUGAAGAGCAAGCCUUGCGAGUACAUGUUGGUCAUGGAACGUAUGAUGUUAGCCCUAUCAAGAAAUAUGUUUAUGGCUAUGGCAGUAGAAGCUACAAGGUAGAGGCUAAUUUGGAAGCUGAAAACUACAACUGCGAGUGCUGCAAAUUCAGCAGGGAUGGGUUGUUGUGCUGCCAUAUUUUUAGAGUCAUGAUGCAAUUGGGUAACAUUGACAGAAUUCCAGAGAAGUACAUCCUCAAGAGGUGGAGAAUACCAGAAGAAAUUAUCGUGGAGGAGAAAUUGGAAUUGCCAAAGGUACCAGUAGACAGAAAAAUGAGUAACAAAGAAAGGCAGCAGCUACGUUAUGGAACUAUGUGCAAUGAUUUCACUAAAGUAGCCAAAAUUGCAUCAACAUCUGAUAAGGGGAAGGCGCUAGCAGAUAAAUACAUGCAAGCUUUAGAGAAAGAAUUGUUAGACAUGAAAGCUUCGGAGUCUGCUAAACGUAAGAAAACAAAAAAUGCUACUACUGCUCAAGAUGCAGAAGGGGCAAAUGAUGGUGGGCUUGAUAGUUUUCCGCAGUUUGCUCAUGUUGAGGAUCCAGUAUAUGUUCCAAAGCAAGGUCGUCCAGCAGAGAAAAGAAAACAGUCUGGUUUGCAUUUGAAAUCAUCCAAAGUUGUCAAAUGCAGCAUUUGUGGGUCUAAUCAACACACUGCGGCUAUGUGCAAAGAUAAGAUAACACCAUCACCAGAGCCCAAAGAAUUUGACUUCUUCCGUGAAAUGGUGUAA